CCUUAUUGUCCCAGGUCUUGGCCUCACGGUUCUUGUUCCCUAUCUUUGUCUAGGGAUGCAAUGUCGGAUGCUUUACCGAACAUUGAACAUAUCCUUCCUAACGAAACACUUUCCGCCAUCUUCGAGAUUCUUCCCCUUCCCUUCCUUGCUGACAUUUCACGCGUUUCUCGCCACUUCAACGCAGUGGCCGAACGCGUCUUAUACUCUACCAUCUAUGUUCGAGACAUUAUCUCCGCCGCGGACUCCCACCCUUGGCGUACAAUGAGAUGUUGUGAUUCUCUCCUUCAGCGUCCUCAUCUUCUCGAAUCGAUACGGAUAUUUCAUAUCCGUUGGCAUACCACAGAAAGAACGCCGUUAUCUACCCUGGACCUCGAAACAGCUUCAAUCAAAUUGUCGGUCACUCUUCGAACCCUCCAUUUUCUUGAUUCUCUCGAAUUAUCUCUCGGUCCUGCGAACAUGGCCGCAGCAGACUACGCCCAUCUUCACCCAAUUGAGCGGAUAAUCCGCGGAUGCUACUUCCCACACCUCCGGAGCUGUUCCUUCGGUGCAGAUUGGGCUAAGGGGGUCCAAUCAUAUUCCACAAUCUUAGACUCGUUUCUAUCGUCCGUACCCUUACUACGGCAUCUGAAACUCUCAGAUCACCACGGGGCCUUAAAUUUACGGUCUGACGCCCUUCCCAACUUAUCAUCUUUCCGCGGUUCCACCGACACUGCAGCUUACAUCCUGCCGGGUAGACCUAUCCAGAGUCUUUCACUCGUAGGUCAGGAUUCUGAUGUCACUCGGGACAAUCUCCCGCGAUUCACGCUCGCUACCACACCAUUGCGGUUUCUGGAUUUAUCGGCCAUGUCCGUGAGACCCAUUCUUCUCCGUAACAUAGCUACCUACCUCCCUAUGGUAGAGGUUAUACGGAUAAGACUCACUCUGCGUCACACACUCCAUUAUGCGCUCUCCGGUAUCAGGCUCUUAACCGGAUUAUCGCCCGUCUUGCAUGCGUUUAGUCAUUUGACUUUGCUAGACCUGUCGCCCACCGUGGUGGCCGGGUUACCCCAAUCCAACGGCGACGAAGAAUUAGCGCUGUGCAGGGAGUGGAGGCGUGCUUGCCCUACCUUGCGGCGCAUCGUCUUUCCCUCCCAGAUGGAAUGGGACAUUGGGCAUGAUGGCGUCUGGAGACCCGCCAGCUAGACUUAAAAGACUAUGCUGCCAUGAUUAGCAGGCUUCUUCGAUUGCGCUUUCGGCACCCUUUCACUGUACCAUCAUUUCGAAAUUUCGGGGAAAUAUUAUCAUCGACGUGUACUUGUAUGUGUAUGACAAUCAAUAUAGCACUUGCGUACCAAGGCGG